AUGCAGCAACCUUGCGCUGAAGAUUUAAGUAUCACAAGUUUGAAAUGGGCAGCGGCUAUUCAAAGAUUGUCCGUAGUACCCUCAAUAAUGUGGCGAUCAACAUCAAGUUUGGGAAAAGGAUUAAGUUUGUCAUCAUCAAAUCCUGAGGGAUUCAGCUGUCAGGCUUGUGGCCGGGUUUAUAAAUUAAAAAGCAGCCUUCGAAAUCAUCAAAAAUGGGAAUGCGGUAGACCACCACAAUUUCAUUGUCCACAUUGCAGUUAUAAGGCGAAACAAAAAAUGCACAUCGCUCGUCACAUGGAGCGUUUCAAAAUACAUCGACAAUAUCCAACGCAUAUGUAUCAAUUUUCAUAUCAAACAUUUUCUAGUGUUGAAAAUUCAUCGUUAGAAGUGAAAAAACUUUAUAAUUGUGAAACCUGUGGCAAAGGAUACAAAUGGAAGGAAUCACUUUUGAAACAUCAAAGAAUUGAAUGUGGCAAAAUGCCACAAUUCACGUGUGACAUUUGUUUUAAUCGUUUUAUGCAUAAACAUCAUUUACUUAAACACAAAACAGCGAUACAUCAAAUGACACCUAUUUCGACACAUGCAAAUUUUUCGCAUUCAACACCGAAACAACUUCAAUAUUAA